AUGGGUUUCCGACCUCAGCCCGAAUCUACGUCUCGCAGCCGUACAUCGUCCGACCGCAACUCGACCCCAGACGCGAGGGCGGCGCCCGACGCAGAUGCCGAAGCAACGUCGACGUUGUUUGACGAUGCAGCUGAAGGUGGAAUCGUCGAUGAGCGAGAUGGGAAGCCCGACGACGCUGACGAUGCUGAUGCGCUGCUUGCAGAGGCCAAGGCCGCGAACAGACUCGAUGUGAGUGAACGGCCCAGCGAUCGUGACUGGAGCCUCGACAGCUUUCGCCUAGACCGGGAGAUGACCUUCGUUCAAGGAGCUGAAGGCGGUCUUCCAUGA